AGUGAUGAUGAUUGAGGACUAAUUUUAUUUAAAGAUUGUUUUAUUAAAAGUUAUAAUUUUAAUUUAUACAGUGUGUAUUAUUUCGUUCAGAAACAAGUUGUUGAUCUUGUAAUAUGUAUUGAGGUACCUUCAUACCUAUAAGAAGUGUGUCUUCAAAGUGCUAUGACUUUAUAGGGCACAAUUGACAACAUUUCAAAAAUUUCAAUAUCCCUAAAUCGAAAACCAUUUCGAGAGGGGCUCCUGUAGAUUACAAAAAAAUAUAUUUUAUAUAUUUUUUACGAUUUUUUGUAUUCAAAAUCUCUAAAAAUAGUUAAAACGGAAAUUGACGUCACCCAGCUGCUUCAGUUCUGCCACUACAAGCAAAGAAAUGACUUCCGAUUGGGUUGACAUUGUCAUUGUCAUUGUCACUUCACUACCAGUGACACUUGACAAUGGUUUACUAACAGUUCACAUUGUUCGGAUAUUUUUCUUGUGUGAUUUUAUUAUUUACGACACUGAAUUAUCACGACUUUCCAAACGACCCUGCAUUUUAAUGGACUCUACGGUACUUUCUUUAACCAUGACCUAUUUAUACUCCCACAAUAGGUAACCUAGCUACCUUUAAGAACGUCCCGGCAUUUCAACCGACGCUCUUCUACCUACGUAUUCUCUACUUCUGUUUAGAACCAGACAUGAGAAAUUCUGAGGGAUUUGUACAGGCUGAUAGCACGAACUUGCCUCGAGUGGAGACAAUCAUGAUGAUAGAGUUUAUGCAAAACUCUGAAAAAUAUAAUUUGGCUGGCAUUAGAGGUGCCAAAGCCUCAUUAUCUUCGCGGGCAUCUUAUGUCCAGAAUGCAGUGGGGUAUGUUGAAAUAAAACGUAAGAAAGAUAUAUGUUUUGUUCAGUGCCGAAUAACCCCAGAACAUAAGGUACACAAUAAAAUGUACCAAGUGUCGGCGGAAGUCAACGAAACGGAAGAAAAAAUUGUUAACGUUAUAUGUCACGACUGUGCAGCGUCAGAAGGUGGCUGUAAACAUGCUCUUUGUUUACUUAUGUGGCUGGUAAAAAGAACCGAAGAGCCCAGCACAACAUCAACUGUUUGUUAUUGGAAGAGACCUGUUUUAAGUGCAGCAGUUACUCAAGGCAAAUUUAUAUUAUGUUCAGCUAUGGGGAAACGAAAACAGUAUGAAUGUAAUGCCCAUGUACCAAGUUUACAAGACUUUUUAGAAGAAGCUAGAAAUCAUAAAAUGAAUGACUGCCUUAUAAUGGAUUACAACAUUCACGAAAAAAGUGUCCAUGACUAUUGCAUUUUCCAAAUUAUGCUGAACUAUGUUUCAAAAGAAAGAGGUUUACUAAACUUUACAAACUUUAAAGCUUACGCAAAUAACAUUAUAACCGACAAGGUUAUAGCACUGGUUGAGAGCAGGACCAGAGAACAAGUGAAUAGUAAAUCGUGGCAUUCAUUAAGGCAGUCAAGGGUGACUGCUUCAAAGAUAUAUGAGGCAACAAAAUGCAGGACUGAGGAGGGUGCAUUAGUGCAAUCUAUCAUGGGGGGAUAUAAAGUUCCUGAAACUGCUGCCAUCAAAAGAGGGAAAAAGCUAGAAAAUGAAGUUCUUAGAGUAAUUGAAAAAGAUUUGAAGGUGGCAAUACAUAAGAGUGGAUUUGUGUUGGUUACACCUCUGAUUGGUGCAUCUCCAGAUGGAAUCAGCAAAGACUUCAUUGUCGAGGUGAAAUGUCCCUCAACUGCUAAAACUAUGGAAAACUAUAUAAACAAGAAUGGUAUGAACAAAAAAUGCCAGGCCCAAAUUCAACUACAAAUGUUGGCUACAAAAAAAAGAAAAGGCUUGUUCUGCAUAGCAGAUCCAACAUUUGAAGAAACAAAAAUUAUUCAUAAACAUUGGGUGUCUUUUAAUGAAGCCUAUGUGAAUAAAUUAGUAAAAGAAGCAGAGACGUUUUGGGAAAAAUUUAUCUUUAGCAUAGUUUAUGAAUGUGUUAAAUAAAAUAUAUCUUUU